GGGGAGGGAGGCUCUGAGUCUAGCCUGGGUCCUGGCCCACUGACCUCCCCAGGGAGAGCUGUGUUCAAACCCUGGACCCUGCAGUUACUAGCUGUGGGUCCUGGGCAAGUCACUUCCCUUGCCUCAGUUUCUCCAUCUGUAAAAUGGAGAGAGUAAUAGUUCCCACCCAAGGGUGCCACGAGGAAGGACUUAAGAACAGUGCCUGGCAUGGAAUACAUGGAAUGAACACUCUCCUGGCCCCCCUGCAGAGGGUGUGAGAUUCUGCUGGAAUCCUGGUCACAGAGGGCUGGCCGAGAAGCCCAUGAGAGUCCAGAGGCCCUGUGUAAACAGCUAGGGGCGCAGGCUGGCACCCCAGCAUUGCCCACAGCUCCGACCUGCGUGGAUGGGUCGGGGGGUGGCAACAGCUAACGGCCCUGGCUUUCUCCCAAAUCAGAGAGCCUCGCGUGUCACCGCGGGGAGCGAUGGCUUUUCCAUGAGCUCCAGGCUGGAGCUGGCCAGCUCCGGCAGCCUCUUCCCCAGCCUUUCGGCAGCAGCCCACUCCUGGUUACUGAUCUACCUGCUGCCCGCCCCCUGGUUUGUCCUGCGGCCUCGUGGGUCAUUUACUAUUGUUGUUAUUACCAGGUCCUGCCCCUACACAGUUCGCAAGUUCUCAGCCAGUCAGAGCCAGACCACCAUCUUCCAGAAGAGGAACCCGAGGUCCAGAGAAGGCCAGAGACUGCUGUGAUACCCACACAGCAUUCAGGCUCACUCUGGCUUCGAGACCAGCUCCCCUAACUAUAAAAAUGGGAAUGUUGGCCCACGGGACUCCAAAGGCACAAAAUGCUAUGGGGAAGGGAGGGGACACCGGCCUCAGACUGACUUCGGAAGGGCGAGCCUCUGGUCCUUCCAGUCUCCGACAGGAAGAUGACGGGACAGCCUCUGGCUGAAAACCCCUGCCAGGAUCCAGCGGAUCUCUGGUUGGGAGAAAGGAGCUGAGCCUGCGGUAGAACGCGGGGUCGGGACGCUCUGGCUGCGCUGACUCCAGCCCUGAGCGUGGCGCUCACGGCUCCCCGUUCUGGCGGCGGGGCCUCUGCUGCACUCUGGCGGCCGGAGCGCGCGGCGCCCACCUCGCGCUGGCACGGCCGCCCGGGAGCAAAACCCGCCUGGGACGCGAAGGGGCUUACGCUGGGCCAGUUCGCAGAGCUGGUGAGAAGGUGCGCAGAGCCCGGACGCGGUGCCUGGCACCAGGCAAGCACAUGCCAUCACGCUGCCCAGUGUCGUUAUUCUCUGGGGAAAUUGCGUCCCAAAGAAAGUGAGUGUGUGCGCGUGUGAGUGCUGCGGUGGCGGGGGAGGGGGGGUUCCUUGCCCCAGGUCAGAGGCACAGCCGGGACUGCGUCCCCGACGCCCUUGCGGCCGCGGAGCCCCGCGCAGCGGAGAAGCGCAGGGUCCCCGUGCCCAUAGCCGCAGGCAGACCCUGGACCGUUUCCUUCCCGAGCCCCGCGAGCGGGAACGGGCAGCGGCCCGCGGAGGUGGAGGGAAGGCGCGGCGGGGCCCGCGGGCGUGCGCACCGUGACGCGCAGAGGCUGGGCGGGCGCGGGGCGGGGCGGCCACGUGGGCUGCAUAUAAGGGCAGUCGCUGGGCGCUGAGAGGCAGAGGUUUUGUCCGGGAGCUAGAGCCCAGGCGCAGCCGCAGCCCGAACCCGAGCCGCGCCGCCCGGCCGCUCUGCCGGCCCCGCCGCUCUGCCCCGUGCCCCCAGCCGCAGUCGGCUCGUCUCGCGGCCCCGCGCCCGCCCCCGCCCCCGCGGUCCCUCUGCUCAAUGAAAUUGGCCGCGAUGAUCAAGAAGAUGUGCCAGAGCGACUCGGAGCUGAGUAUCCCGGCCAAGAACUGCUGCCGCAUGGUGGUCCUCGGCUCGUCCAAGGUGGGCAAGACGGCCAUCGUGUCGCGCUUCCUCACGGGCCGCUUCGAGGACGCCUACACGCCCACCAUCGAGGACUUCCACCGCAAGUUCUACUGCAUCCGCGGCGAGAUCUACCAGCUCGACAUCCUCGACACGUCCGGCAACCACCCCUUCCCCGCCAUGCGGCGCCUCUCCAUCCUCACUGGAGACGUGUUCAUCCUGGUGUUCAGCCUGGACAACCGCGACUCCUUCGAGGAGGUGCAGAGGCUCAAGCGGCAGAUCCUCGACACCAAGUCUUGCCUCAAGAACAAAACCAAGGAGAACGUGGACGUGCCCCUGGUCAUCUGUGGCAACAAGGGGGACCGGGACUUCUACCGCGAGGUGGAGCAGCGCGAGAUAGAGCAGCUGGUGGGCGCCGACCCCCAGCGCUGCGCCUACUUCGAGAUCUCGGCCAAGAGGAACAGCCGCCUGGACCAGAUGUUCCACGCGCUCUUCGCCAUGGCCAACCUGCCGCGCGAGAUGAGCCCGGACCUGCACCGCCAGGUAUCGGCGCAGCACUGCGAGGCGCUGCACAAGAAGGCGCUGCGGGGCAAGAGGCUGCGGCGAGCGGGCGGCGACCGGGACGACGCCUUCGGCAUCUUGGCGCCCUGGGCGCGCAGGCCGAGCGUGCACAGCGAUCUCAUGUACAUCCGCGAGAAGGCCAGCGGCGGCGGCCAGACCAAGGACAAGGAACGCUGCGUUAUCAGCUAGGAACUCCCGCCCCGCGCGGGCGCAGAACCUCAGGAGGCCCUCUUGUCCAAGAGUCUAGUGUCCGGGCCGUGUGUCCCGAGACCCGUGUGCGCGCGCGCGGACGGGCGUCUUCCCUCCCAGCGCUCCAGCCUGUUCACUGGGUAGACUCAAAGGAACCGAGAAGGGACCAUCAUCUGCUCCAGAAGGAAAGAGAGCUAGCUGAGCCCGGGCUCCCCCAACGUCCGAUCCCCCGUUGGCGCCCGCUAGCCCCACUCGCCCAGCAGAGGGUGAAUUUGCCUUGUUUCUCACAAAGACCUAAGAAUGGGGGUGGGAAUGGGAGUUAAUCAGCCACCACUGGGCUUUCAGCAAUGGGUCCUGCCGGCUGGAGGGCCAGGACAAACGGGGCAUUAUCUGUGAUUGGGGGUUGCCAUGACAGCUGGCCUGAAACUGAGGGCGGGGUCCGAUCGUAGGGAGUGACUUGUUUACAUGUGUGUGCAACUGCACAAAGCAAAACAUAAAUCUUGCACUUUAUAGUAGUUCUGGUGUCACCGUUGGACAUGAACAAAAUCUUACCUAGGUGUUUGUACUGUGUCUUUGAAGUUAGUCUUGUUACUGGUUUUUAAUAUAAAAUAAAAUAAC